AUGUCUGUCGAAAUCGAGCCCGCCGAAUUGGGCUUUCAGCGCCCUUUUGACCAGGAAGUCAGUCAGAUAUUACAUUUGCGCAAUCCAAAUUCCGAUCCAGUUGCGUUCAAGGUAAAAACCACUGCACCACGAAGAUACUGUGUUCGUCCAAAUUCUGGCCGCAUUGAGCCUGGCAAGCAUAUCGAAGUUCAAGUUCUCCUUCAGGCAAUGAAAGAUGAACCGCCGCUCGAUACAAAAUGUAGAGAUAAGUUUCUUGUCCAAUCCGUCGCUGUUUCCGCGGAUAAGGAAUUCUCCAACGUAACCGCUAUUUGGCACGAUGUUGAACAGUCGGCCAAAAAUACCAUCCAAGAGCGAAAGAUUCGUGUCAAUUACCUAGCUCCGGCUGAUGCCCCCUCAACGAAUGGAGCUCCCGCUGAAGAUGAUGCAAGCGCUUUACACGCAUCUCCAGCAAACCCGAAGUUUGAAACCCCGUCGGUUCCCACCCGAGCUGCCCCCGUUGGUGCAGCCGCUGUGAUUGCCGAGCCGCCAAUCCCACCUCCGAAUCUUAAAUCAGAGCCGCAAGAACCCGACUCUGCGUCCGCCUCGCAAGAUACGAAAAAGGUGCGGCAGAGAGUAACCUUUUCAUCUGCCGGUGAAGAUGUCGAAUCUCAACUUGAAGAUGCCCGGGCUCAGAUUCAAGCCUUAAAGCAGCAGGUGGCCGACAGCGAGCUUCGGCAACGAAAAGCCGCCCCAAAACAAAAUCCUUCGGAAAUGGCUACCUUGCAACAACAAUCACAUCCGUCUGGAGGUGUUCCUGUUCAGAUGGUUGCCGGUCUUUGCCUACUUAGUUUCCUAUUGGCAUACUUCUUCUUUUAG